AUAAUUAUAUAUUUUCUUGUAUGUCUAUGACCUUUUCCAUAUGUACACAUGAAGAGGUAAGCGAGGAGGCGACAGGUGGGUAGAUUGAUUCUAAUCGUGCUGUCAUAGGCUGUCGUUUCACGGCUUCUUCUUUAGUAGCAGAGCUCUUCCCAUUUCUCUCCAUUCUGCUAAAAUCGCUCUCAAUAUUCUGCACAGAACCGUAGAAGAAGAUACUUUUUAAGAAAUCGGAGAUCUGAAUCCAUUUUCCAUGGAGGACCGCAAGGAGAACGAUGUGGGGUGGCUAUCAGUACCUCAGUUUGGAGACUGGGAUCAGAAGGGGAAGAUGCCGGAUUACUCAAUGGAUUUCUCAAAAAUAAGGGAGAUGAGGAAGCAGAACAAGAGGGACAUCUCAAGGGCCAGUCUUGGAAACGAAGAAGAACUCAUAGCUACUCAAAGCAAAGAAGAUCGUCAUAAUCAUCAUCACCAAACCACUGAUCAUGUCCAGCUUAAUCCCCACAGUCACUCUCCAACUACGAGGAGGAGCCUUUUCAGUUUCUUCAACUGUUGUAUAAAAGCUUAGAUGAACCCGUGGAUCCAUUUGACAAUAUUUCCAUUCUUUGUUCAUUUAUUUUCUUGUUUUCUCUUUCUAUGCUGUUUUAUUGUUCGGCAAAAUUAUGUGUUCUCUGGAUCAGACAGAUAUAGUCUAUUAAAAGCUUUCUAAUGGUAUUACCUUUCCAAAA